CCCCCCCCCUCUUGCCCGGCCGCUUGCACUUGCAGCAACCAAGCCAGCCGAGUCAUUUGCACCAGAAAACAACUUCAAGAAGUGCCGGGCAGCAUUUCGGUCAACACCCGUUACCUCAAUUUACAAGAGAACCACAUCCAAAUCAUCCGCACCGACACCUUCAAGCACCUGCGGCACCUGGAGAUCCUGCAGCUCAGCCGCAAUCUGCUGCGCCAGGUGGAGGUGGGGGCUUUCAACGGCCUCCCCAACCUCAACACCUUGGAGCUGUUCGACAACCGCUUGACCACGGUCCCCACGCAGGCCUUCGAGUAUUUAUCCAAGCUGCGGGAGCUGUGGUUGAGGAACAACCCGAUCGAAAGCAUCCCUUCGUACGCCUUCAACCGCGUGCCGUCGCUGCGCCGCUUGGACCUGGGCGAGCUGAAGCGGUUGGAGUACAUCUCCGAGGCGGCUUUCGAAGGCCUGGUCAAUUUGAGGUACUUGAAUUUGGGGAUGUGUAACCUGAAGGAGAUCCCCAACUUGACGGCGUUGGUCAGGUUGGAAGAGCUGGAAUUGUCGGGGAAUCGCUUGGGCCGAGUGAAGCCGGGUUCGUUCCAAGGCUUGAGCAGCUUGAGGAAGCUGUGGCUGAUGCACGCCCGCGUGGCGGCGGUGGAGCGCAACGCCUUCGACGACCUGAAAGCCCUGGAGGAGCUGAAUUUGGCUCACAACGAGCUCAGCUCGUUACCCCACGACCUCUUCGCCCCUUUGCACCGCCUGGAGCGCGUCCACCUCCAUCACAACCCGUGGCGUUGCGACUGCGACGUGCUUUGGUUGGCUUGGUGGCUGAGGGAGACGGUGCCGAGCAACACCAGCUGCUGCGCUCGCUGCCACGCUCCCCCUGCGUUGAGGGGCAGGUAUUUAGGCGAGUUGGAGCCGGGCCAUUUCACUUGUUACGCUCCGGUGAUCGUAGAGCCGCCGGCGGAUCUGAACGUCACCGAAGGGAUGGCGGCCGAACUGAAAUGCCGCACGGGGACGGCGAUGACGUCGGUGAAUUGGUUGACCCCCAACGGCACCCUGAUGACGCACGGUUCGUACCGGGUCCGCAUUUCGGUGCUGCACGACGGCACCCUCAAUUUUACCAACGUGACGGUGCAGGAUACGGGCCAAUAUACCUGCAUGGUGACCAACGCGGCAGGGAACACCACGGCUUCGGCCACGCUCAACGUGUCGGCUGUCGACGCCGCCGCCGCCGCCGCCGCCGCCGCCGCCGCCGCCACGGGUUACACCUAUUUCACCACCGUCACCGUGGAGACCACGGAUGGAGGGGGAGGAGGAGGAG